AUGAAGCUUCUGAGCUGUCUGUCAGCCGUGCUGGCCCUCAUGGGCAGUACUGGUAGCAUCGUCGCGGCGCACCCGGUGUUUGACCAGCUGAUGGAGCCCAGCUCCCCCCUGCGGCGCGCCCAGGCUGCUCUCACGCGCGUCAACGACUUCGGGCCCAACAGCUCCAACACCAAGAUGUACAUCUACGUGCCGAACAAGCUGGCCGCGAAGCCGCCCGUCAUCGUGGCCAUCCACUACUGCACGGGAACGGCGCAGGCGUACUACAGCGGGUCGCCGUAUGCGCAGCUGGCCGACCAGAAGGGCUUCAUCGUCAUCUACCCGGAGUCGCCCUACAGCGGCACGUGCUGGGAUGUCUCGUCGCGGUCGGCGCUCACGCACAACGGCGGCGGCGACAGCAACUCGAUCGCCAACAUGGUCACCUACACGCUGAACAAGUACAACGGCGACGCCAGCAAGGUGUUUGUCACGGGCAGCUCGUCCGGCGCCAUGAUGACGAACGUCAUGGCAGCCACCUACCCGGAGCUGUUCGCCGCGGGCAUCGUCUACUCGGGCACCGCGGCCGGCUGCUUCUACUCGCAGUCCGGCGGCGUCAACCAGUGGAACAACUCGUGCGCCAACGGGCAGGCGCGCGGCACGCCCGAAGUGUGGGCCAAGAUGGUCUUCGACAUGUACCCGGGCUACGGCGGCGCGCGGCCCAAGAUGCAGAUCUACCACGGCUCGGCCGACACCACGCUCUACGCGGCCAACUACAACGAGACCAUCAAGCAGUGGUGCGGCGUCUUCGGCUACGACUACACCCGCCCGGACGCCACGCUGCCCAACACGCCCCAGGCCCGCUACACCACCUACACCUGGGGCGACAAGCUGGUCGGCGUCUAUGCCCAGGGCGUCGGCCACUCGGUGCCCAUCCGCGGCAGCGACGAUAUGAAGUUCUUUGGUUUGUAA